CUUGUAAAGUCCAUGUGGCCUAUCAGAUAACAUUCCAUUACAAACAUGGCUACUUCGAUAGGCAUAUUAGUCUUCUGUAUAAACAUAUGCCUUAGUUUUGGACUACAGUGUUUAAAUCAAGACGGAUCACCAGUAGAUUGGUUUAUACUGUAUAAAUUACCAAAAAUUUCGGAUAGCAAGAAUCCGGUCGUCCACAAUGGCACUGCAUUUUAUUACAUGGACGAAAAUACGCCCUAUUGGAAACUAUCGGACAAGGGGAUGACAGAAUCAAAUCAUGCAGUAUAUAAUACUCUACAACAAAUAUACAACAGUAAAAAUGAUUCUAUCUUUUACAUGAUGUACAAUGAUGAACCACCUCACCAUAAGGGAUCCUUAACUCAUGGACACACAAAAGGUGCAGUUGGCUUUGACAAAACAGAUGGUUUCUGGUUAGUCCACAGCACUCCAAAAUUCCCUUAUCCAAAAUCUGAAGGAUACACAUUUCCGAGCAAUGGUUAUGUAUACGGACAAACUUUCCUGUGUGUAUCUAUGAACUAUGAUAUGUUAGAUAUUCUGGGCUCAGUGUUUUUGUAUUCGUAUCCAACUGUAUAUGAUUCUCAGCUUCCAAACUCGUACUUACACGAAAAUCCAAACAUGGUCAGCAUUCUCACAGGACGUCAGAAUCGUGUGAAGCAAGAACCUUGGUUUGAUGAAACUUUAUUGCUGUCCAAGGGUAGACAUAAUUUCAGAAGUUUUGCCAAAUCAGCGGAGUUUCACAAAGAUUUAUACGAUGGAUGGUUAUCCUCUCGACUGAAAUACGAACUGUUGGUUGAAACCUGGCAAAAUGGAAGAGGUGACAUCGGAUCAAAUUGUACAGUAGGCUAUAAGGUAUUCAAUAUCCAGGAGAUAACAUUCACGGAUACUGAAUCUGUACAAUUUAGUACCCACAAGGAUCAUUCUAAAUGGGCAGUAUCUCGACCCGGUGGUAACUGGGUUUGUAUAGGUGAUAUCAAUAGACAGGAUACCCAGUUUAAACGAGGAGGUGGUCAGGUUUGUUUCCAAAACAGCCAUGUAUGGACAGCUUUCGUGAAUCUCGUCACAGACUAUGAUACGUAUGGAAGUAUAAGAAAAAAAAUACAUGUGACUUCCGAAUUUACUUUCACAAUGGCGGGAAGUAGGAAGCUUAUUUAUAACAGUUUAAUAUUAUCCAUACUUAUUGAAAUUUGUAAUGGCAUGCAAUGUCUCUCAAAGAAUGGAUCGCCAGUUGAUUGGUUUGCUGUAUACAAGUUACCAGAAUUGAGACAUGGUAAAACUCCAGUCCUCCAUGAAGGCAGAGGGUUUUAUUAUAUGGACCAAAAUAAUCCAUCACUUGUUUUAUCUGAUAAAGGCAUGGAUGAUACGGGUCAUGCAGUAUACAACACCCUUCAACAAAUUUAUGAUAACAAGACCACCAUGGCCUACAUAAUGUACAAUGAUCAGCCACCGAAGAAGAACCCUAGUCUAAACCAUGGACAUUCUAAAGGGACAGUAGCGUUUGAUAAGACAGGAGGGUUUUGGUUGGUACAUAGUACACCAGAAUUCCCACCAAUGAAGUCAGAUGGAUAUUCCUGGCCUAAGUCAGCCUGUACAUUUGGUCAGACAUUUCUCUGUAUUUCCAUGGACUAUAAUAUGAUGGACAGAAUGGGUUCUGUGUUCAUGUAUACCUAUCCAAAGAUAUAUGACACAUCUUUACCUAGUGUGUUUAGUGCAGACAAUCCAGUCCUAUCUAAUAUGAUCCUUGGUCCUAAACAACACCAUGUGAUGGAUCCACCAUGGUAUAAUGUUACACAGAUUGUAUCUAAGGGACAUAACAAAUUCAUGAGUUAUGAAAAGUUUACAGAUUUCCAUAAAGAUUUAUAUGAUGGGUUACUGUCAACUGCCUUACAAGAAGAUUUGUUGGUAGAGACGUGGAGAGAACAUGGUGCUGCAGACAAUGACCUACCGUCUAACUGUUCUAUACAAUAUAAGGUUUACAAUAUAGAAACAAUGAUAUUCCCAGAUAAGGACAUUGCUUUCAAAACAACUAAAGACCAUGCCAAGUGGGCUGUGGCAAAAAAUGGGGGUGACUGGCUGUGUAUAGGCGACAUCAAUAGACAGAUGACCCAGUUUAAGAGAGCAGGUACACAGGUUUGUUUUCAGAACCACCAGGCUUGGACAAGCUUCAGAAAUCUUGUUAACCAAACAGAACCUUGUCAAUGAAUCUAUCCAAGUUC